GAAAUGGGUGUUUAGAGCAGCAAGUCCCUCUUUCCUUUUCCCCACAUUUCCUUUUCCUUCCGAGUUAGAUUCUGGAGACAGUGACCUAAGUCUUCCCCAGCAGAAGUGAGGACAAGGGCAAGACAGGCCCCGCGAGGCGGUGGCGGUGGGCAGGCGGCCUCUGUCCCCCACCACGCUGACUUGCUUUGCAGCUUGAGGGAGCCCCGCAGCCUUACCGCAGCCCCUGCUCUGGGCCCUAGACCCCAGCGCCUGCUAGAUGCACGCAGCGGGGGACUCGGGCGUCCUGCCCCUGCCUGUCGGCUCGUUCUCCCGGCAGGCGUCGGAGCACCUCCGCACGUGUGCUCCGAUGGCCUGUCCUAGAGUGGGUCAUGCUCUGCUGUCCUCCGCUCAGUGCCCCAUGAAUCUGGUUCGCGUGUCGGCCUAACACCGUCCUCCUGCCCCCGCACAUUGUCGCCCAGCUCUGACAUGUGGUCCCGUUACGCACGUCUGGGCUCCUCAGCCUUCCCGGCUCCUGUGUCACAUCCCAGUCCGGCCGCCUCUCCUGCGCCCCUGUAGCGCCCGUAACUGCCUCCACACCCUCCCAUCUCCCCUCCACCCUGCGGGCACUAGACAGGUCUGAAUGCACUGCCUCUGCCUCUCGGCCAGUGUCUGCGUGGUCGGUCCCCAGUGAUGGUGAACGGAGCGCCUUGGCUGGGAGAGGGGACCGCAGGGUCACUCUCCUCUUGGGAUGAGGGCCGGCCCUCUGUGUUCCUCUGGCUCCGGCCCCGGGCCCGUUCGUUGUCGCUGGUCCCAGCCGACAGGGGCCUCUUUGGAGUCCUCAGGACGUCAUUGCCUGCCCCGAUGUUUAGCAGAAGUGACUUCAGCGUGUGGAGCAUAUUAAAGAAAUGCAUCGGCCUGGAGCUGUCCAAGAUCACCAUGCCCAUCGCCUUCAACGAGCCUCUGAGUUUCCUCCAGCGGAUCACGGAGUACAUGGAGCACGUGGACCUCAUUCACAGAGCCUCCUGCCAGCCCCAGGCCCUGGAAAGGAUGCAGUGCGUUGCUGCCUUUGCGGUGUCGGCGGUGGCUUCCCAGUGGGAGAGGACCGGCAAGCCCUUCAACCCGCUCCUGGGAGAGACGUACGAGCUGAUCAGGGAGGAUUUAGGGUUCAGAUUUAUAUCCGAGCAGGUGAGCCACCACCCCCCGAUCAGUGCAUUUUAUUCAGAGGGCCUCCACCAGGACUUCUUGUUUCACGGCUCCAUCUACCCGAAGCUGAAGUUCUGGGGCAAGAGCGUGGAGGCCGAGCCCCGGGGCACCAUCACGCUGGAGCUGCUCAAACACGAUGAGGCUUACACCUGGACCAACCCUACCUGCUGUGUGCACAACGUGAUUAUCGGGAAGCUCUGGAUAGAGCAGUACGGGACGGUGGAGAUUGUAAACCACAGAACUGGUGAUAAGUGUGUGCUUCAUUUUAAACCAUGUGGACUGUUUGGAAAAGAACUUCACAAAGUGGAGGGGCACAUCCAGGACAAAAACAAAAAGAAGCUCUUUAUGAUCUAUGGAAAAUGGACAGAGUGUUUGUGGGGAAUAGACCCUGCUGCGUACGAGUCCUUCAAGAAGCGGGAGAGGAGAGGCGACCACCUGAGCAAGCCACAGCCGGACGACAGCUCCCAGAAAGCUGACGGCGACGUGGCGGAUGCCGUGCCCGAGGUUCAGGAGACUGUGCAGGUCAUUCCAGGCAGCAAGCUACUCUGGAGGGUCAACACUCGGCCCCCCAACUCUGCCCAGAUGUACAAUUUUACCAGCUUCACCGUCAGUCUCAACGAGCUACAGAGUGGCAUGGAGAAGACCCUGGCUCCCACGGACUGCCGCCUGCGCCCCGACAUCCGCGGCAUGGAGAACGGCGACAUGGAUCUGGCGAGCCAGGAGAAGGAGCGGCUGGAAGAGAAGCAGCGGGAGGCCCGGAGGGAACGGGCCAAGCAGGAGGCCGAGUGGCAGACCAGGUGGUUUCAUCAAGGCAGCAACCCGCACACGGGGGCUCCCGACUGGUUGUAUGCGGGGGGCUACUUUGAGCGGAAUUUCUCCCGCUGCCCAGAUAUCUACUGAGGGGCCGGAGUGGCCCCCAGGACCGGAGACCGGACUCUGUCAAGCGGUCACGGCAGAAACCAGCUUUUCCAGCGACUGUGUCCAUGGAGACAGCACCAUCCCCGGUCAAGGAUUUGAUUCUAAUUAACUUCUGAUCGCCAAACAUUUUACUACUGUUCAUCAAGCUUCACAUGGGAUCAUCAUGUUUUCAUUAAGGGCGGAAAAGGACAAUCCUCUGCCGUCCCUUCACGUGACGGGAAUCAGCCCGGCUUGUUACAGCGCCCUCUUCAUUGUAAAGUUCAUAACGGAAGUAAGUAACCAGGAAGGGUCUUAGUUCUAAGUCCCCCCCGUGUCCCUCCUCCUAACGCAGCGGCAAAGGGUUUCUGAGACUGUCGUGCAUUUGAACCAGUAACAGGGGAAGACGGAUCUUGAAAGUAACCCUUUGAGGAGCUUUACGGGGCCAGGGGUUGCUUCCUAGAUUACGGUAAUGCAAAAGUGAAGACUUUCAGAGCGCCAGAUGGAAUGAAAUGAAAAGCUGUCAGAUUCUGUAUUUUUUACCAGUCUUCAAUAAUGUAAAGAUUACUUUUAAAAUAUUUAAGUUAAAACUACUUGAAUAGUAUUUUGCCGAAGAGCAAGGUUUGCAUUAAUCACCAAUCGUAUAUUGUCCGAAACGAAGCAUUACCAUGACAGCCUGGGGUGGCCGGAAACCUCGAGAGUCGUGACGGACCUCCCCAGGCUGCUGCCAGCCUCGAAAGGGGCCCCGCCUCUGUCACCGGGGCUUCGUGGCCUCUGCAGGCCAGGCCCGCGUCACAGAGGGUCGCCGUGCCUACGGCAGGUGCGCCCUGCGGGAGGCUCUGAAGCAGCAGCCGCUACGGCCGUGUCAUUAAAGCUACUUAACAAAAAGUAGGUGCGUGUCCAUCCUAGACACAUCCCUUCUGGUGGCUCUUGUCUUUCUGUAGAAGUGUCAACACCACAGGCCUCAGUGGAGCUCUGAACGGAGAGCGUCUGCUGAGCGUGCACGCACUCACGCGGCUGCAUGGAGUGCUGGGUUCUCGGUGGCAGGCUGUCGUCAUUGUGUGUCCGGGCUUCGACGUCACAUCUGUCAUUAAAACACUUUUAAAAGCGAA